GUUUCAAUUACUGGUUAGCAUAAAGACCUCCCCCCCCCCUUCAACGAUCUCUUCGCAUCUAGAUCUGUGUUUUGAACCAAAGUCCUUACAAUGGCUGCAAUGGUAAGUACAUUUCGUAUACAUAAAUAUAUAUGUAUAUAUCUGCUUUGAUAUUUAUCACCGUUGUGUCAUAUGUGCUGGGUGGCCAAAUUGUAAAAUCUAAGCUAAAGUUUGGAUGGUCUGGAAUUCUGCCCCCCAUCAAAGCCCGGUCGAACAAAAACUUAACCAGCUACCCGGGUGGAAGGCAACUUAUGAAAGAAAAAGAAAACUCUGAAUUGGAGUCCCGUAAGCGGAUAACAUUGGUACAAUGAAACAUUCCGACAAAUCCUUGCAGGCCACUGGUGCCAUAUCAUCCACAUGAUUUUGACUUUUCCAACGGCAUGGAGAGAGGCGAUUUGCUGUGUUGGGAUCCAGCUCAUUAUCCUAAAGCGAAUAAUCCCAGGCCUUGUGGAUUUCGUCCUGCGAAGUCUACACUGUCGUCACAUGGUGACGGGGGGAUGUUAACACAACACAAAAAAACAUAUGUUUUGUUUUUUAUAAACAGAAAAAAUAUGAAAACUGUUUCGGGAAAAUUAAGGCUUUUAAUCCAUCAGAACAACAAUUUUAAGAGACCCGUUUAAAAAAAAAAUUCCCCCACCAAAGGGGGAGGGAGGUUUAGUGCCGAAAGAAAUAAUGACGUCACCAGCACAGAAAGACUAGUGUGUUGUUAAUAGGCUAAAUAUUAAUGCAGUGAUAUCUUACAAGCUAUUUAUGUAAACACAAAGCAUUAGUAUGACGAAAAUAGCGAAACAUUGUGGUGAUAUUUUAAUAGCUUUUAUAACAUAUAUUUAGGUGGAAGAUGGCUCUAUUAGAGGCACAAUAAUUAUUGUAGGUAUAUGUUCUAGGUUGUAAUUAUAUUACAAAAGCAUUACAAAGGUCUUUUUUUGCAUUUAUUUCCCUCCCCCCUUUUCCCGCCUUUUUCCAAAUGUUCUCCUAACAUACUAAUUUUUUUAAAAAAAUUUAAGAAAUUUAAAUUACUUUAAAUUAAAAUGGUAAAAACCAUUAGAUAAGGGGUCUCAAACUCAAAUCAUCCGGGCCGCAGAAGGUAGAGUCUGAUUGAGACUGGGCCGUAUCAAGAAUUCCACACAAAAAGCUAUUAAAUAUUCAUUAAAGUAAAGUAAAACUGUUACAAUCUUCUCAACCAUUAUAAAUAAAUAAAAUAAAAUGGUUUUCAAGAACUAGGCUUCACUUUCUUCCACCUACUCACCGUUGCGAGAGACCUGGCAGCGCUUCUUUUAACACAACUGAGCAACUUUGGCUUGAGUGAGAAAGCAACUGAGACCCUCAGUAUAGCUUGAAGAUGCUCAUCAGUAAGUUUGGCCCUGAACUUUGACUUGUUAAAUUUCAUAUUGGAAAAGAGCUUUUCACACAGAUGGGUACUCCUAAAAAAGUCAUAUGAUCCGCCUGAACAAGCUAGAAAUCUCAGGGAAAGUUGAGGCCAGUGCAAUAAAAUGUCCAUGCUUGUCUGUUUGUCAAUUCACCUCCCUGCACGGGCCAUCUUGCACAUUAAAGGAGAAAGGGUCAGCAAAAAGCUGAAAGUGGCUGUCUAUGUUUUGAAGUCUAAAAAAUAUUAUCAAAUUCAUUCUGUAGCUUUGCAAUGGCAUUAGUAUACUUACUACAAACUUUCUACUGAAUGAUGUGUCCACGUUCAUGAGUAAUUUGCAUGUUGGGAAAUGGCUGAGGUUUCUCCAAGUACCAUAACACAAGUUUUGUACAGAAUGCCCUGACAUUGUCAUAGGCAACACUAACAAGCUACCCCUUGUCUUGUAACUUCUUGUUGAGUACAUUCAGCUCCAGUGUAAUGUCAACAAGAAAAACCAAGUCCAUGAGCCAUUUGGGAUCACUUAGUACAUAAAUUAUCAUCCCCCUCCUUCUCCAUGAAGGCUUUAAAUGGUAAAACGUGUCAAGCAGUAGGCAGGAGCAGGACAUAUUUAUGAAUUAUUGAAGCAAAGGAAGAAACAAUUUUAGGUAGAAUGAAUUUUGACUUUUUAUAGUAGUAAGGGUCUUUUUGACUAACCCUAUUUUGAAAGACAAUCAUACUAUAUGGAUCAGAAACUUGGAAAACAACGGCAAGCAUUACGCAGAAAGUACAGACCUUCAUAAACACGUGCCUUAGAAAGAUCCUGAAAAUCAAAUGGCCAAAAAUUAUCACCAAUAAAGAUCUUUGGAAGGACUCACUGACGAAGACUUGUAAAAUAAAAGAUGGAGAUGGAUAGGUCUUUUCUCCGAAAACCCCCAGAUAACAUUACCAAACAUUUCCUAACAUGGAUUCCACAGGGAAAAGAAAGAGGGGAAGGCCAAAGAAUGCAUGGAGACGCGAGCUAAAAGCAUGCAUGCAAAAUAUUGGAAAGACCUGGAUACAACUGGAAAGGAAGGCCCAGGACCGUGAUGAAAGGAUAAUUCUUGUGGAUGGCCUAUGCCCCAGACUGAGUAAAAAGGCAUAAGAAGAAGAGGAAGAUUUUGAAAGUGACAAAGGCCCAGAAUGUAUGCAUGAACGAAUUUCAAAAUAUCUAAAUAUUUCAGUUUCAGCCUCAGCUUCGGCCGAAAGUCUCUUUAAGCUUUCGGUUUCAGCUUCAGUUUCGGCCAAAAGUCAUUUUUUUAACGUUCGGCAUAGUUUCGGUUUCGGCCGAAAUCAGAAAAUGACUUUCGGUCGGUCUCUAUUUUCAAUUUUUAAAUGCAACAUAGUUGUACAGGGCAUCUUUUGUCAUAAUUCCUUCUCUUGUUGGGGAAAACCCCGAUUUUUGCUUUUUUAGUGACAUAUGUGUCGGAAAGGAUGAGAGCAAUAUAUUAUAGAUUGGCAAACCAUAAUUGUCAAACAUAGUUGAAGAAAUAGGAACCAGCGCUGUUCAAUCACAUUUAAAUCUUGAGACUAGAUUUUAAAAAAUUUUAGGCUCCAGAUAAAUUAUUAUGUAUAAGUGUGGUUGAAGGAAGUCGAUGGCGUGCUAUGUGUUAGUCACCACACAGACAUUAGAAAUGCAUGUACUAGCAACAUAGAAGGUAGCAGUCUAUAUGCAACGUAGCUACAGAGGAGUUGGGAAAUAUAGCUGGUAGAAGAGUUGAGAAUAAAGCUGGUAGAAGAGUGGAGAAUACAGCUGGUAGAAGAGUGGAUAAAUAAAGCUGGUCGAAGAGUGGAGAAUAAAGUUGGUAGAAGAGUGGAGAAUAUAGCUGGUGGACGAGUGGAGAAAUAAAGCUGGUAGAAGAGUGGAGAAUAAAGUUGGUAGAAGAGUGGAGAAUAUAGCUGGUGGAAGAGUGGAGAGUAAAGUUGGUAGAAAACUGGAGAAUAUAGCUGGUAGAAGAGUGGAGCAUAAAGUUGGUAGAAAAUGGAAGAACUAUAGCUGGUAGAAGAGUGGAGGAAGAAAGUUGAUAAACAAGUGGCGGCAGCAGAGCAGGUAGAAGAGUAUCACCAAAAACUGGUAACAGAGAAGGGGAACAUAGCUGGUAAAAGAGUGGCCACAACAUAGCUGGUAGAAGAGUGGCCACAACAUAGCUGGUAGAAGAGUAGGCAAACAUAGCUGGUAGAAGAGUAGGCAAACAUAGCUGGUAGAAGAGUAGGCAAACAUAGCUGGUAGAAGAGUAGGAAAACAUAGCUGGUAGAAGAGUAUGCAAACAUAGCUGGUAGAAGAGUAGGCAAACAUAGCUGGUAGAAGAGUAGGCAAACAUAGCUGGUAGAAGAGUAGGCAAAUAUAGCUCGUAGAAGAGUAGGCAAACAUAGCUGGUAGAAGAGUAGGCAAACAUAGCUGGUAGAAGAGUAGGCAAACAUAGCUGGUAGAAGAGUAGGCAAACAUAGCUGGUAGAAGUAUGUGGGGGUACAAAACUGAUAAAAAGUGAGAAAACUAAGAUGCAGUAGUGUGGUGGCCAGGUUGAUGUCGAGGAGUUGGGGGCAAUAUGGCUUGUAGAAGAAUAGGACAUUUGUUUCAAGAAUUAAAUAUUCUUUUUUUUAAGACUAUAAAUGAUGCCUUCGUCAGCGAAUAAAAAGCAGAAAAAAAAAUAUUUAAAAAGCAGUUAUGUGAGAAGUAGUUUUUGAGAGAGCAGAAAAAUAAUUUUGCCUAAAUACAAGAGGUUGAGAUAUUAAAUAAGGAAAAUAGAAAGAAAAGAUGAGCAGUUAGUCCGUAACGUGGAGAGGCGGGGAAAAGUCUCAAGCUGUAAAUAAAGACAUGUGACCUUCAUGCCAUGUGAGGUCAGGGUUCAAUAGAUCUGGAUAACCAUGUUUUCCAAAUUCAACCAACUGGAUGAAAGGCACGAUCGCACUAAUUCUAAAGUCCGCCAUGGCAAUGAGGUCGCUUCUAUUGAAGAUUUUCCCACUGAUUCCCCCCUCUGACCGAUAAACGAAUUUGCUGGGUGCCAUCCAAUAGUUUGACAUGUGAAUAGUUCUUGAAUGUGUGGAGUGAAUAUACAUUUGUUUUGUUUGAUUUACUUUUUUAAUUUUUAAGUUCCAGAUAAAUGUUUGUUAAAUAGUAUUUACAGCGUGGUGAGCCCACCCCUAGCAUUGGGUACCACGCUCUAUAAAAACACCAAUAAUAAUAAUAAUAAUAACAAAAUAAGUUUAAUAAUUUGUUAAGGCUUAUUUGGUUAAGUGAAAAGUGAAUGAGUAAGUUGUGUUUCACAAUGACUUUAAAAAAAAAAAAACUAUUUGCUUAAACGAAUUUUCUUUAAAAAUACAAUGCUUAAUUUUUUUUUGUAGUUUAUUAACCAUUUAAAAAGUUAAAGCAACCAAAAUAUUUAAUUUAUUAUUUUUUUUUAAAAAAAGGGGCAAACCCAUUUUAAGUUUUGUCACACAUGGUUUUUUAAUCAAGGAGCAUCCAAGCUUUUUCAUUUUCGAGUCAAAAUUUAGCUUUUAUGAAAUUAAUAUAAUUUUUCUUUGUUUGAGUUGAGUCGGACAUUUUCAUUUGAUAUUGUGAAAACGUAAAUGUAAAUUGAAUUUCGCAAAAUUAACAAAACGUAAAUGUAAAUUGAAUUUCACAAAAUUAACAAAACGUAAAUGUAAAUUGAAUUUCGCAAAAUUAAUAAAACGUAAAUGUAAAUUGAAUUUCGCAAAAAUAAAAAAACGUAAAUGUAAAUUGAAUUUCGCAAAAUUAACAACCCAAUAAAAACAUCAACAGGUGUUUUGUUAUCCCGAUUAAUGUGAUUACGAAUUAAUGAUUAUAUUAAAUGGAUGAUCAUUUAUUGUUAACAAAAGAAAUAUUUUAAUAUUCUAAAUCAGAUAAAUAAUUCAUUACUUGUCAUAUUAAUGUAUUUCAAAUAUACAAUAAUAAUUAUUGAACAUGUAAUUACAUUUCAGAAAAAAAAAAAAACGGUAUGAGUAAAUUUAAUGAGAACAUUUUUGAUUUCUUUUUUUCUUUAAUGUUAGUAGAUUAUAUAUUAUUGGUUUAUAUUUGAAAUAACAAAUGUCAAUUCUAGAUUGAACCUCCCCCCCCCCCCCCCCNCCCCCCCAUGUUUCAUACUGUUAGUACGUGCAUUUUUUUUUUUUUUCUGUUUGAAACCAGACCAAAAUAGUGUUGCUGUUUUUAAUCGGCUAUGUCGGCUCCGUAAGCGCCCAAGGUAAGUGGCGAGUUUGUCAAUAAGAAUCCAUACUGACAUUAGUGUUAAUUAUGAUCAACGAAAAUGUUAAUUUGUCUAAACUUAGUGGUUCAUUAUGAUAAACUUAUAAACUUAUCUGUUAAUUAUGAUAAUGUUAGUUGUUCGACAUGACAAACUUUGUUGUACAUUAUGGUAAACUUAGGUGUUCAUUAUUAUAAACGUGCUGUUUGUAGUGAUAAAUUGAGUAGUCCAUGGAUAUAAACUUAGGUGUUUAUUUUGAUAAACUUUUUUGUUCGUUAUUAAAGAAUUAGUUGUUCAUUGUUAUAAACUUAUAUUGUUUAUCUUUAUUAAUUGAGCAUUUCACUAUGAUCAGCAGAAGGGAAAAAAUACCAAUAUUAAUCGCUUGUAUGUUGUGCCAUAUUUUUUCUUUACAUCUGAAACAAACAUAAUUUUUUUUAAAUAAAAAAAUGAUAAUAUUUGGGCUCUCUAAAUAUUUUGUAGGAAAAAUUAGUUCUUGUAAUCCUGCUAAGAACCAAACUAAACAUAUCUAAACGACUUGAUCUGAAAAUGAAAUUAUUAUUCAAGUCUUUGUAAAACAACAUUUAUUCUAAUUUGUAUCUAUAUUUUAAUCUGUAAAUAAAGAUUUCUGUCUGUUAAGAUUCCUGAAUAUAUAACUUCAAAUGUCUGUCUUUUAUCAGCAUAAAGCAAACGUUUAUGUAAAACUAUAUUAUAUGUUGCAAAACUAUAUUAUAUGUUGCAAAACUAUAUUAUAUGUUGCAAAACUAUAUUAUAUGUUGUAAAAUUAUAUUAUAUGUUGUAAAACUAUAUUAUAUGUUGAACUAUAUUAUAUGUUGUAUUAGAGUCUCAUGUGGGUAGCAGUCAUUUUCCUUUUUCGUAUCUAAUCAGAGCCUUGGCCCUGAGAUUGUGUUUAGAUCUUACCAGUGGCUAACAAUGUAAGCCUUAUAAAUAUAACAAGAAUUAUUUUGUAUUUUCAGAGACUAAUCCGUGCAAAUACGUGAAAAAUGGCGUAGCGGCUCACCUUACAACCUGCAGCAAGUACUAUCAAUGCAACAAUAACAGAGGAAACAUAAGAUCAUGCAGACGCAGUGAAAACUUUAAUCCAAAGGUGAAUUUUUUUUUUACUUAAAAGAUAUCUAAAAAUAUAAAAAGCUAAAUUCCAUUCACUGACUGACUGAGUGACUCACCGGCCACGAGAUCUCAAGAACAACAAGCCGAAUCAAGUUGAAAUGUUUCAUGUUUAGAUGACUUGCUCUACAGGUUUCAGUCUGCGUUUGAACACACUCAGUGUUUUAGGCUUUUGGUGUUCGUCCAUUUCCCUGUGACAGUAAGGUAGACUGCAAAAAGAGGCCACAACGCUUGGAUUAUUCUCUUUUUCAGCAAACUAAAAUGGUUCCCUGGUCAGAAAAAUACCCCCCUCCGCAAAUUUUGUGAACCCGGGGAAAACAUGUUUUGAUGACAUAGUUCUUAACACUAGCGGCGCAGAAUUGGACCGUAUUUUCACUGAGUUAAUAUAAUACCUCCUACGGGAUUCCAUGAUUGGAAUUCAGAAAUUUCCUUCUCUUGGAUGAGUUACUGUCUUAGGUUAACGAGUCCCGUCCACCCAAGGUUGUUGUUUAUUAUUUUACAGCUUGUCUUAAGUUUCUUGCUUGUUAGUGAACACCUAACCACAUGUUUGGAAUGGAUGCAACUUACGUCACCACCACUCCAGUCGCUAAAUGUUUAAUUAUUUAGAAAUUAAUCAACCUCUAAAAUCAAAGUGUUCCGCAUAAAUCGUUUGUCCAUGUAAUUUUGAGAAAUGGGAAAUGGGGGGGGGGGGGUUGAAGGCUAAAAAAAAGCACUUGUCCAUGUUCUACGAAUUUUAUCUAGCGAAGUUGUGCAGAAUUUUAUUUCGUGAAAUUAUUGUCAUCAUAUCUCAUUCAUUUUCGACUUGAAAAAAAACAGAUCAAAAAAAAAUACUGAGUUUUGAUUUUUGGGUUCCGCUGAAAUUUGAUAAAAUUCUUUGUCAUCAGAAUAGAGUCUAUUUGAGUAGUUUAAGCUCGAUAGUUUGACGGGAAUUUAGCCGAUUUGCCGUCCCAAAAUUUUGCAACAAACUCUGGGAGAAAGAAAGAAAGACACGAAAAAAAGCGAAGUUAAUAUAAAGGUUAUUUAACAAUUGGCGACAUUUACUUAUCUUUUGAAAUAAAAGCUAAAUAAUUUAUUUACGAAUGCUCUCAUUGAAGACGAGAUCUCUAGAGCAACAAGCCUAUCAAGUUUGAACAUUUCGAUGGUGACUCCUCUUAUACCCUAGAGAUACGCCAAAUAAGUAUUCUUUUAAUUCAGCAUUUACGUAGAUUAAAAUGACCAAAGGCCGAAGCAUGUUUACUAUUAAGUAUGUGUUUCGUAAUGGUGUUUUUGAUUUACAGUUUAAAAUGCUUUGCUUUGUUUUUUAGUAUAAGUGUUUUUGAAGGACGAGAUUAUUUGAGAAAAUACAUUGCAGUCCUUUUUAAACGUUUGAAUGCUUCGCGCUUCUAGAAAACAUCGUAUCUUAAAUGUCUACUCAAAUAAUAAAUCAGUUUUGCAUUCUGACCGUGUCAAGAUCUGACAAUGUUAAUAAACAAUACCUGAGUUUGUUUGUUCUUUUUCUUGAUCAGUUCUUAACGUUAAAAAAAAAGACAAUUUAAAAAGAAAAAACUAAUGCGCAACAGAGUCAGUCCGAUCACGAAGUGUUUUAGACUGAUGUUUCGGAUUCUCAUGGUUUCUCAAUCUUGGCGAUCCAGAUUGCACAGGGAAAUAAAGCUUUUGUUUCACCAGAUACUUAAAAGCGUACAACAAGAAAAAUGGCGAUGUAUAUAACUUUCUAAUGAAAGGCAGCAAUUAAAUUUGACGUAGAACGACGGCUUGUUCUGCACAUAGAUAGCAUCUCAACCAUGGGCGCCCGCAGUUAGGGGCAAGGUGGGGCACUUGCCCCCCCCCCCGGAUUGAUUGGAUACAAAAAAUUUAGACAAAAAUAGACAAAAAAUUUAUUAAAGUAAAGAGAAAAUAAAGAGAAAGUAACUAAGCUGAUGUUUUGUCCGUUCGUUCACCAUACAAAUAGGCUACAGUAAAUUAAAACUACAUUAAAACAUUACUAAAUUUUUUUUGCCCCCCCCUGGAAAAUUAAUCGAUUUUGUUUGCCCCCCCCCCAGAAAGCUUUCUGCGGGCGCCCAUGAUCUCAACUGAUGUCACUGUGUUAAAAUAGUAUGCACGAUUUUGUAAUUGUUUUAUGCAGCCGAGUUAUUUUUGGGAGUUGUUCAAGUUUUAAUUGUUUGGAUCAGUGAACCAGGUCUGACAGCGCGGAAAUAGAAGCAUUUGACAAAACUCCCCCAUGAUGAUGCAUCAUCGGUGUGGUUAAAAUGUUACUGUCUUGUGACUUCAGGCAGACACUACACUUCCGUCCUGGGUAACGUGUUCAGAUGAGGUACAUUGAGGUCAUUAAUAAUUUUAAAAAAAUUUUUUGUUGAAAAUUUCUCAUCCAUCAGACUAAAACCUGCGUUAGGGCAAGUCAGUACGAGUGUCCAAUAACUACAACCACUGCUACAACAACAACCACUGAACCAACUACCAUAGGUGAUUUUCAUAUUCUUUUUACAUUUAGCUACAAUGGCGUGUUCUCAUAUUUUUAUUUUUUGUUGACAAGGCAAUUGAAGGAAUCUGAAUAUUAACUGUGCAGAAAAGUCGAAAUAAAUGUUAUAUUUUCAUUUCUAUUGUUGGCUGAGGAAGGCUUUAUGCCGAAACGUCCUUGUUUUUUGUCCUGUUACCUUAUUUCAAGCUUCCACAUACCUCGUUUCACUAUUUCAUUCAGAAAAGUCGAGACGCUCUCUUAUUCUCUUAGCUCAUGGCACUCUGCAGACCUGAUCUAACCCGUCCAAUUUUCAGAAUUACUAUACAUAUGUAUACAAAUUUGUGUUUGAGGGCACAGGUAGAUAUCCCUGACCUAUUGUCAAGACGCUAGCAACACCAAAUCAAAAGCAUUUGAAAGCAUUAACGCAUUGGAAUACACAAACAAGAAGAUUAUAACAAAGCAGGAAGCGAUGAAUUUUCUUGGUAAAAUCAUCCAAAAACAACACCACAUGUCUGCGAAUAAAUCCCAAAAGACAUAUUAGACGCUGCCUCUCCAACAGGAUGCCGGAGGAAAAAAACAAACUUUUAUGGACUCAAAUAUUGAACAAGCUAUGAAACAGAGAAUCUGCGCAUAUAUUUAGAAGAUCAAACUGUUGGAAAAAAAAUAACAACAACUCUAAAUAUGACCAUAGUAAAACCGAACAUACUUGUCACAAAAUAGUCAAAAGAAAUGCUUGUGGAAAGACAACAGCGGAAUUAUAUCAAAUCGAUAAAGACAUGCUGGUGAAUUUAGACGCGUUCAAGAAAUUAGGCUUUCUUGAUUUUAGAAACAGCAUUAGGCGCAAAGCAAAAUCCCUAACUCCGGUAAAUUCUGUUAUAGCAACAAAAUUAAAAAUCGAAAGGAUACGGAUAUUGAUAAAAGAUAUUGACCGACAUCCCUUAGACCGAAAACUUAGAGAAAGAAGCUAAGAUCAAUGAGAUGCCUCAAUAAAUGCCAAACUGUACCCAGAACUGUACAAUGCAAGGACGAAAAACUCUUUACCGUGAGCCAAAGAAUCUUAAAUGGGCUUCAAGACAACAAAAACAAAAAUAAGACAGCAGCAAUAUACCUCAGCAGACUUUCUUGAUCUCAAGCAGGUGAAUAAUAGAGCCUGGGGUGAGUACAGUCUGGUGUGAAUACAGUCUGGGAUGAAAAUAAUAUGGGGGGAAGGAUUACUCUGGAAUACAAGCAAUGCCUGGCUGCAUAUCAAGAUGUGCAUAUUAUAAUAAACAUAUCUUUUCAAUGGUCAUACUAUACUAUCCGAAAAAAACAAUGCUAUCUCAUCUAAGACCGCCCUGGAGGAAGGGCUCUCAUAAUUUAAGUAAAUGAUUUGUACAUGUUCUUAACUUUAUUAAAAAUAUACCGUACAGUGUACAGGCUACAGGUGGAGAAGUCACUCUAUGUAGAUGCUCUUGUGACAUGGCAUACAUGUAGAAACAAAAGGCAUAAUUGCAAGACGUCUUACUGGAGACUUUAUCGGGAUCAGUAUAUAUUGUAAAAAGUGGAAUUCUUAUUAAACAUCACUAAAUCAGUAUUCUAAGGUCUUUACUUAAAGCCACUAUAAAUUGAAAGUGAUACGGUAAAGGAUAUUGAUUUUGAUCAAGUCAUUGACAGGUUGUCAUCUUUGAAGACCUGGAAAAGAAAAAAAAAUUAAAUAAAGUAAAUUCAAUGUAAAAAUAACUAAAGCUUAACAUUAAUUCAGUUCUUAAAUACAUUUACCUCCUGACUUUCCAUUAAUUUGAUUUUGUUCUCGUCAUUUUUAUACCGUGGACUUAUUUAUACAAGAAGAAAUCCAUCGUUGAAGUCGGGAGGUGGGUGUGGGGGAGGGGAGAUGGCACCAUCAGUUUAGCGAACCGGUUGACUUCAGCACUACCAUCAACACUUUAUGCACUUUAAGAAGCAUCAACUUUUCCUGGAACAAAACAAAAAUUGCUAUUUAAGAUGAUGCACACUCUGAAUCAGACACUUCAUUAUUUUAUAAUUUUGUCGUUGUUCUAAAUUCAAAUUAAAUGAUUUCUGAAUUCUUCUUGUAUAUCUUAAGGGCCCACGAUCAAUUUAUUGAUCAUUUUGGCUCCCAUUGAACAUUGUUACGACUUUACUUUACUAACUUGAGACCUUCAUCAAAUGGCUCGGCCUUCUUACGUUGUCUAGGGUGUAUGGAUUGAGACCUUCCUCAAAUGGCUCGGCCUUCUUACGUUGUCUAGGGUGUAUGGAUUGAGACCUUCAUCAAAUGGCUCGGCCUUCUUGCGUUGUCUAGGGUGUAUGGAUUGAGACCUUCAUCAAAUGGCUCGGCCUUCUUACGUUGUCUAGGGUGUAUGGAUUGAGACCUUCAUCAAAUGGCUCGGCCUUCUUGCGUUGUCUAGGGUGUAUGGAUUGAGACCUUCAUCAAAUGGCUCGGCCUUCUUGCGUUGUCUAGGGUGUAUGGAUUGAGACCUUCAUCAAAUGGCUCGGCCUUCUUACGUUGUCUAGGGUGUAUGGAUUGAGACCUUCAUCAAAUGGCUCGGCCUUCUUACGUUGUCUAGGGUGUAUGGAUUGAGACCUUCAUCAAAUGGCUCGGCCUUCUUACGUUGUCUAGGGUGUAUGAAUCUCUCUCUCCCACAUAAAACACAAGGUCCAGCGUAACAAUAUAAUAAUUUAUUGCAUACUUUACAAAACAGGAUACUGCUAUUCAAUAUACCAUGGCACGUGGAACACACAUCAGUCCAACUACCAACUAUCCACUCUCCUAGCACACCUACUCGACUAAGUCUUGACUGACAACAUUUGACGACUAACAAUUCUUCUCUUUCUCUUCUACCUUUCUUCUUGACGUCUAGCUAACACACAUCCCUUUUAUAAUUCCACACAAAACAACUCAGCCUACGCUAACGUUCCACACCACGGCCACGGACUAACGUCACGCUCUGAUCUCACGAACAACAACUCACAAAGCACUCUCACGAUCCACAACUCCCCCUACCCAACAUUCACAACAAUCUAGUUCACAACAAACAUUAUCUUGUUUAAUUUUGUUUAGAAUUCAGAUUUAUAAACACAAAUCACGCAAACUUAUGGCCCUCUAAACAUUACACUAAUACAAGCGACUUACCAGCAUUUAUAAGACUGUUAUGUUAAAAUACAUCAAUAAAAAACAUUAAUCAGACACAAUUAUAUGAUGUAUAUGAUACAAUUUAAUUUAAUUUUGUUAUGUAAGUGGUUUGUUAUCUAUAAAAAACUUUAAUCAUUUGCUACUGGGAAUAAUGUUAUGCUAUCAAAAUGGAUAUGCAGCAUUUUGUCGCUAAGUUACAGCUGGACACAUAAAAUUUUGAAACGAAUUAAGAAAUUCAACCAAGUAAAUAAAUACAUUUUGAUCAACCUACAUUUCAAUUUUCACCAUAAUCUAACUUAUAUUUUGAAUAUAUAAAUAAAUUAACAUUUAUUUUUUUCCGAAAAUUUGAGCCAUCACUGUCUUCAUUGUGUGGCAGCAAAAGUCGAUUAUCUCAAAACGCCAAAAAUGGAGAUACAGCAUUUUGAAAAUCGACUCUUCGUAUCUAUUUGUGUCUUUGUGAUUUUAAGAAGAAAUUAACUAUUAUGAUGAUAAAAAAUCUCUUAAAAUUCAACAUAGUUAGAGAUAUAAUUUGCAAGAAAAUUUUUUUUUGAAAAACCCAAAUAAUCGGCAUUUCUCUGGGAUUUAAAAAAAAAGUAUAAUCAGAUAAGAACUUGAUUUAAAAGAUUAGGCUCUGUGGUUUUCUUGUUUAUUAAUAUUAUGAUAUUUUAUUCAUUAUAUAUUUAUAGCUGUCAUUUAUUUAGGAAGAUAGGUUUAAAAAGAUAUAUGGUGAGCUGAAAUUUAAAUAAGAACUAAAAAAAAAUAUUAAUAUAUUAUAAUUUGUAAAGAUGGAUAUAUUAGGUUUUGUUAUAUUGCAAAAAACACACAGAAACACACAAAUUGAAACACACAACACACCAAACAAAUAUAUUCAAUUUUCUCUUUCUAUGAUAAUUUGCAAAAUUAUAAGUGAAUAGUAAAUGAAUUCUUUUGUAAAAUUUUGCAUACACCAUACUAUAAAUCAAUUAUUAUUAAAAUCUAUGAAACCCUUGAAAACCGAUUUCUUAGCUAAAUAAAUAAUAAUAGUUUAUUUUGUGCCUUUUUGUAUUUUUAUUUAUUUAUUUGAUUUUUUUAGCGACAACUACUCUUAGAACUGCAGCACGUAAGUGUUUAGUUUUUAUUGUCAUACUAGCCAAUAUACCCCGCGUUGCACGGGAUGGCAUUAGGACCCCAUCCUUGUGUGACCCCGAUACCAUUGGAACCCUAAUCCCAUUCUGACACCGAUCCCGGCGCCGUCCCGUUUCCGGUUUUAUGCCGAUGCCGGUGGAUCCAUUCAAGGUUGGGAUCCCGAUCCCUGUGGGAUCCAGUUCUUGUGGGAUCCCGAUCCCUGUGGUAUCCAGUUCUUGUGGGAUCCCGAUCCCUUUGGGAUAAAGAUUAUGAUAGGAUCCCGACCCCUUUGUGAUCCCGUAUAAAAAAAACUAACUCAAUGUUACUGAGAGAACAGUACACUCCAGGACAGUAUAUAAAUGAACAGAACUAACUAACAUUUUAAUAUUCCCUUAGAUCCCACUAUGUAUCCCUUUGAAACAAUUUAAAACUUUCUGGAACAUUCUAGAUUAAAUUUAAUAACCUGCUCGAAACAUGUGUAAAAACUACUUUUCAAAUUAUUUUUUAAAUACGAAAAAAAUCUUCAAAAAUUCCAUAAUUAUAAUCCUUUUUCUUUUAAGUUAAUCAUGGGGCCCCAUAACUGUACUGAUUUAGCUUUGCCUGAGAUAGGGGCCCUAUAAAUAUCAGAGGCACAAAUAUUAGAGUUAAAAUUUAAAAUUUGUCCCAUUAAAAUGUACUUAAAAAUGCCAUAAAUAUAGCUUUUUAAAAUUAUCAAACUUUCUGGAAAAUUCUAGAUUGGAUAUUAUUAGUUUUAAAUUCACCGAUAUUUCAAUACGGACUAAGAAGCCUAAUGAAUAAAGCUAGGCUUAGAUCCAUAAAUUCACAAAGAACCUAUACCGUUGUCUAACCCUAUUAAUAUUCAUAUAGCUUAUAAUAAGGAAAAAUGAAAUGGGCCCACCCGGCCCCAGAGAAAUGGAUUUUAUGAGUUCAGUACCCUUUCGGUAUUUGAAUAUGGAUGACCAUGAGUACGUGUAAUAAGUUUGGUCAAGAUCCAUCCAUUCAUGUAGGAGUAUUAAGCCUAUUGAUAUUUAUAUAGCUUAUAUAAAAGAAUGGCUAUUAUUAGUUGAGUAACCUUUGGUAUUUGAAUAUGGAUAAUCAGGUAUAUAUGUACUAAGUUUGGUCAAGAUCCAUCUAUUCAUGUAAGAGUACUGGGUGAUAUUUUUAUAGCUCAUAUAGGAAAAAACGACAUUUUGGGCCCCUGGCCCCCAACGAAAUAUUAUAAAAAGUUCAUAACCCCUUAAGAGUUCCUUAUGAACAAAACUCUUAGGUUUCUUGAAAUUUAAAACCCGUGCAUGACAAAACUGAUAAUAUAUUUUCCUUUCUUAAAAGUAAAAUUAAGAAAUACCAUUGAUUGCUUUUUUAAAUUGUUAAUAAAACACACACACAUUUAGCUUUUUAUAUUUUAACUUUUAAAUUUUUUGCCUUAUUUUUUAUUCCAAAACAUUAUUCCUUUUUUUAUUUAUAAAGUAAUAAAAACUAAACUUUAAAUAUAAUUCUAAUAAAAAAUGCGGUUUAAGUCAAGCAGUGAAGUGCAACUACAUAGCCAAUUAGCAUUGACUAAUCCACUUUUAACUCAUGCAAAAAAGAACGAACCAUAAGAAGUGCACAUCAUGUUUAGUUUGGGUAGUUUGGAAGGGACUACAAUCCGAUUGAAGAUUUUCUAAAUUUAUUUAAAUCUGGGUGGGGGGUGGGGGUUGGUCACCUUGCCCCAAGCAGCAGAACAUAAGUCUCAAAAUAAAGGAAUGAAUUUGAUAAAUAUGUAACCUUCUUGGGUACAUUCAUAUCGGAGGUAGGAAAUGGGAUGUGUACAUUUUUACGUGAAGGACAGUAUAUUUAAAUCUUAUGUUUUACAUUUGGGAAAAAGUGAUGUUACAUUCUAUUUUACAAAUAUGGCUAUGUUCAUUUUGCCCAAGGCAAUACAAGAGACGUCUCAAAUAAAGAAAUGAAUUUGAUAAAUAAUUAACCUUCUUGGGUACAUACAUGUCGGAGGUUGGAAAUAAGAUGUGUACAUUUUUACGUGGAUGAGAACAUAUUUAACUCCUAAAGAAUUACAUUUGUGAAAAAGUGAUGUUACACACUCUUUUGACAAACAAACAUAUCCUUAAAAAAAUAAGAAAACGUUAACAAAACGUGGGUCCAUGUUUAUAAGUCUACCCAUGAAUAUCAAAACCCAAUCAUUUUACACUAUUAUAAAAACUAAUUUUGAAAAAUAGAGAUAGAUUAAUAUUUACUUUUUUAAAAAAAAAGAAAAUAUAUAUUUGUUUUUACUUUGUAAAAAGUAAUGAUGGUUUUUAUUUUUAUGAGAUUAACCAUUUAAUUUUUUUUUUUUUUUAAACAUUCAAAUCUUUUACAGACGUGAAAAAAGGUUGAACGAUUUUUCUUUUAUUAAAAGAAUUUUGUUUUAAAAAAUAAUUAUAAAAAAUAGAGAUAGAUUAAUAUUUACUUUUUUAAAAAAAAAGAAAAUAUAUAUUUGUUUUUAAUUUGUAAAAAGUAAUGAUGGUUUUUAUUUUUAUGAGAUUAACCAUUUAAUUUUUUUUUUUUUUUAAACAUUCAAAUCUGUUACAGACGUGAAAAAAGGUUGAACGAUUUUUCUUUACAUAAAAGAAUUUUGUUUAUGUUUUACGAGUUUUUAAUAAUAUAUAAUUUUUUUAAAAAGGCAAAAAUGUCUUUAAAUUUUUUAAGAAGAUAUCAAUACAUAUAUAGAAUUCCUGUAGUAUAAAACAUAUUUAUAUCAUAUAUAGGGUUUUAGUUGUAAACUUAAGAUUAGGUUUUUUAACAAUUUUGUAAAGUAAAAAAAAAAAAGUUGUAAUUCAAGGGCAAGAAAAUGGGGGUAAAUCUUAAGUAUUUCUCUAACGUAGUAAAAGGUCACUCAAUUCACUUCUUGGGUGACAAAAGUGAUAUAAUUAGUGAUCAUUUUUACUGGGUAAUUUAAGGUAAUGUUUAGAGGGGAAACAAGUAGUUUAGGAGUGUGAAAGGGGGUAAGGUAGGCGUAUAAUAUAUACCAGAUAAAUACUUCUCGAAACUUAAUGAUGUUAGAAAUGUAAAUAUCAUUACAUUUUUAAAGUUAUAAAUUGUUUUGAGUUUUUGAAAUAGCAGUUAGAAACUAUCGCAAAGGACCUACCAUUAUUAUCCAGAUGACAUCGGGUCAUUUAUUCUAUUAUAAAAGAAUGGACUAGGCUGAACAGACCGUGAAGCGAUUUAAAUAAGUAGGGCCCUACUGAUUCUUUAAAACAAUGUUAUUGGUUUUCUAUUAUUUAUCGGAUAUCGAAUAAAUUCAAAUGCCUAAAAAAAAUCAAAUAUAAUUGCUUUUUUUUAAAAAAAGUUAAUGUAAGUAUUAUUAUUAUAAACUAGAAUAAAUGACCCGAUGUCAUCUGGAUAAUAAUGGUAGGACUUUUGUGAUCAUUUCUACCUGCUGUUGCAAAAACUUAUCACCAUUCCUUACUUUAAAUAUGUAAUGUCAAUGUAAUGAUGUUUACGUUUCUAACAUCAUUAAGUUUAGAAAAGUACCGGUUUUUAUUUGCUAUAUAUGAUACGCCUACACCACGCCCUUUUACGCCCUAAACUACGCUUUUCCCCACUCUAAACUUGACCUUAAAUUAUCAGACCUAAAUUAUCACCAAUUCUUUGGCGUUACGGUCAGCAUAGCUCAUUCUUAUAUACAUCACAAGUACAGUUAAAAUAAAUAUAAUUGAUCUAUGUUAAGCAUUUUUCCGAGGUUGAAUUUUAUUUUUUUCUAAAUUGAUAAAUUUAAAAAAAAAUAUUUAAAACAUACAUGAUAAUCACAUAUAUCACACACUAGCAUCUGUUGGUUUUAGUGCGUAUUAGUGCGUCUUUAAUGUUGCACAUGAAUUUUUAAUUCUUUUGAUCUAAAUAAACGCGCAAAUGACGCCAUCAAUCGAUUUGCCUAUUCAAGCAAACCUCUAAGCUUCUUUGAUGUAAAUACCGCACGGGACAAGACUAAGCAAGGCUGACCAUGACGCCGAAGAAACGAAGCGAUUUAAGUACGUUCGGAUUCUUAAGAGCAAUGAUUGUGCUUUAAUGAUCUAUACAUUUACAUUAAAAAAAUACUAAAAAUACCACCCGAUGUUAUCAAGAAAAUAAUGGUAGGAACUUUACGACGAUUCACACCUGCUAUUGCGAAAAUUCAUCACAAUUCCUUUUUUUUUAAUGCAUAAAAACUAUGCAAUGAUGUUUACGUUUCUAACAUUAUUAAAAGUGUCUGCUGUAUAUUUUACGCCUGUCCUAAACUUUCCUCGCCCAUAAACUACCUUCUUCCACUAAAUAGGACAUUGCAUUACAAAAUCUCAAUGAUUAAUAAAUUGAUGACUAUUGUCAAUAAAUGAACCCAUUGUCAUUGACGACUGAUUUCUAUGCUGGAGAAACCACAUUAGAUGGUAUGUGUUUUUAUACUGCUGACUGCUGGGCCUACCCCAAGACAAAUACAAGAAAUAAUUCUAAAAUAUUUUGCAUAUAUUUUACAUUAAUAUAAUUGGAUAUACUGAUCUCUUCAUUAAAAAUUUAACCUAACUCUUUCCUUUGUUUGCUACUAUAUUACCGACCGAAAAAGCGUAAAACAAAGAAUUCAUGGCUCUAAAGAAGAAUCUCUUUUAACCGGUUUUCAUAUUCACAAUUUUACAAAGCUUCAAUAUCAUUUUCUGCUUACUGUACCUACCCCCAUUUUUUUCUCUCCUUUCAACAUUUUUGAGAGUCACUAGUACUAGUACCCACCUAAAUUCGUUCUCUCCUUUCACCAUUGUUGAGAACCAUUAAUACCCAUAUAUUUGCCGUUCUUGCCUCUUAUUAAGAAAACUAUUUACUUUUAAAAUAUCAAGUAAAUAAAGCAAAAACUAUUAAAAAUAAAUCGUAAUAUAUAUUGCUGGCUUUACUCAACAUAAACUUGGUUGAAUUUCACUUAUAUUUAAAAAAAAAAUUUUUUUUAAAGAAUCUUAAGACUGGCACAAUUGGCUCGUCAAAUUCUAUGACUUCAAAAUUCUAAAUAAUUUUAAUGAAAAUAUAGUGAGCAAAAGAGACAGUGACGCAGGCGUAUUUUCGGGAACUUUAUUUUUAAGCAAAUAAUAGCGAAGACCAAAAGGAAGCGCGGAAAGGAAACACAGAACUAGAAGAGAAAAAAAUCAUAUGUACAAAUAAUUAUAUCAUUUGAUAUCUCGUUAAUCUUAUCAGCAAAUGAUUAAUUAAGUCAGUAAAAGGGCUUAAUGUCACAGUUUACAGGGCAAGUGGGAAAGAUAAAACAUGUUAGAGGGAUAUCUUAAAAUAUGAUGCAUAGUUAAGUUAGUUGGGUUGGUUUUACAUUCAAAGGAAAGGGUUUGAAAAGUGGGGAGAGUAUAGUUAAGGAGAGUAAAAAGGAAUAACAUAAGGCUAUAAAAUAACGGUGAUAAGAAUUUCCAUAUAAGUUUGAAAAAAGGAUUUGGUUUGGGGGGGAGGGGGGGGGAAAUAUUCUAAAAAUUGAAAUGUAUUCCAUUUUUAAAUAUUUCUGAAUAGCAUGUUCGCCUCAAGAGGAAAAUCUCAAACGGUUCACUCUGUAUGAAUUUAAAGGCUCCUCUUACUUCAUCUCCCAUGAUUUUUACACAUCGGCCAAUGCGGCGGCCCAAAUGUGUGAGACGAUAUGUGGAUACCUCGCCGAGGUGGAUAACCAAGAGGAAGAAGAUCGCAUGCAUUCCAUAGUGGGAAGACACAACGUUACAGCCAUCCUAAUAGGAGGGACGGACAAGUACCGUGAAGGAUUUUGGGAGUUUGCUCGAAACAGAAGACCCGUAACCUACCUGCACUGGCACGAGGGAGAGCCAAACGACGCUCUCCAUUACGAAGACUGCAUGUGCAUCAUGAAAGGUUGGGUGGGCAUGAUUGACUGCGCAUGCACACCGAUGUACUUGCCAGUAAAAUUUGUGUGUGAAGUUUGAUGGAAAUGUCAAUGAAGAGUACAUUAAAUGAG